GUAGUACGAAUGACGGCCGCGUUUUCUCUCUCUGAUUGUCAAAUCAAAUUUCCUCAGUCAGCCACUAACGUCUACUCACCGCCGUUUAACGCUGUCCUUCUCUCUCUCUUCAUAAAGCCUCCGUUUUAACUCCUUCCUUAUAGUUCACGCCAAGCGCCUGGGCUGUGCUCUCUCUUAGAGAAUGGCAGUAGAGUCAAGCUCAUCUUAUGCUUCUCAACCGUAGCUUCUCUGUUUGCUUUCGCUUCGUUGCUCUAGCUCAGUCUCUGUUUCUUGUAGUGCGUAGUUUUGUUCUGGAUUUUCUGAUAAUGGACGAAGUAGGGAGGAGAGCGAAGAAAAAAAUGCCAGUGAUUUUUAACUGUUUCAAAACUGUGGUGUUUUUGCUGUUCUUCCCUCUAGCUUCACCGCUCAACGAUGAAGGGAAGGCUUUGAUGUCGAUAAAGGCAUCAUUUAGCAAUGUAGUUAACUUGCUUCUCGACUGGGACGAUGUGCACAACGCAGAUUUCUGUUCUUGGCGUGGUGUUUUCUGUGACAAUGGCAGCUACUCCGUGGUUUCCUUGAAUUUGUCAAAUUUGAACCUGGGUGGGGAAAUAUCUCCUGCCAUUGGAGACUUGAGCAAGUUGCAAUCCAUAGACUUUCAGGGAAACAAGUUAUCGGGUCAAAUCCCAGAUGAGAUUGGCAACUGUGCUUCUCUCUUCCACCUGGAUUUGUCCGACAAUUUUCUCUGCGGAGAUAUACCCUUUUCUAUAUCGAAGCUCAAGCAACUUGAAUUCUUGAAUUUGAAGAACAACAAGCUUAGUGGUCCUAUUCCAGCUACCUUGACCCAGAUACCCAACCUAAAAACUCUCGACCUUGCUCGGAACCUGCUUAUUGGUGAGAUACCGAGAUUACUCUACUGGAAUGAGGUAUUGCAGUACCUUGGGCUUCGGGGGAAUUCAUUGACGGGAACAUUGUCAUGGGACAUGUGUCAGUUGACUGGUUUGUGGUAUUUCGAUGUGAGGGGCAAUAACCUCACCGGCACAAUCCCUGACAGCAUUGGCAACUGUACAAGCUUUGAAAUAUUGGACUUGUCGUACAAUCAGAUCACUGGGGAGAUACCAUAUAAUAUAGGCUUUCUGCAAGUAGCUACUCUGUCACUUCAAGGAAACAUGCUAACAGGGAAGAUUCCUGAAGUGAUUGGUUUAAUGCAGGCCCUUGCUGUUCUGGACUUGAGUGAAAAUGAGCUAGUUGGGCCAAUCCCACCAAUACUGGGCAAUCUAUCAUAUACUGGAAAACUAUACCUGUAUGGAAACAAGCUUACUGGACCAAUCCCUCCCGAACUUGGCAAUAUGUCCAAACUCAGCUACCUGCAAUUGAAUGACAACCAUUUUGUUGGCAGCAUUCCUCCUGAACUUGGGAGGCUGAAGCAGUUGUUUGAAUUGAAUCUUGCUAACAAUGACCUGGAAGGGCCCAUCCCACAUAACAUCAGUUUUUGUACUGCUUUGAACCAAUUCAAUGUUCAUGGUAAUCGCUUAAAUGGGACUAUACCUUUGGGCUUCAGGAAUCUCGAGAGUUUGACUUACCUAAAUCUUUCAUCAAACAAUUUUAAGGGAAGGAUUCCGGUGGAGCUCGGGCAUAUUAUCAAUCUUGACACAUUGGAUCUAUCUGGCAAUAGCUUCUCUGGACCAGUUCCAGCUUCUGUUGGCGACCUGGAGCACCUUCUUACCUUGAACUUAAGCAGGAAUCACCUUGAUGGGUCAUUGCCAGCUGAAUUCGGGAAUCUUAGAAGUAUACAGAUCAUUGAUAUGUCAUUCAACAAUGUUACUGGUAGCAUCCCUGCAGAGUUGGGUCAGUUGCAAAACCUUUUUUCUCUGAUCCUGAACAACAACAACUUAAAGGGAGAGAUCCCUGAUCAACUCACCAAUUGUUUCAGUCUUGUUAAUCUGAAUUUCUCCUACAACAACUUAUCAGGGGUUGUACCUCCUAUCAGAAACUUUUCACGGUUUCCACCACUAAGCUUCAUUGGAAAUCCAUUGUUGUGUGGCAACUGGUUGGGAUCUAUUUGUGGCCCAUACGAACCCAAGUCUAGAGCAAUUUUUUCCAGAGCUGCAGUCAUCUGCUUGACGCUGGGCUUCAUCACUUUACUGUCCAUGGUCACAGUUGCAAUCUACAAAUCUAACCAGCAGAAGCAAUUAAUGAAGGGAUCUCAAAAAAAUAUGCAAGGUCCACCCAAACUUGUUGUUCUUCACAUGGACAUGGCUAUUCACACCUUUGAUGACAUAAUGAGAAAUACUGAGAAUUUAAGUGAGAAGUACAUCAUUGGAUAUGGCGCAUCAAGCACAGUGUACAAGUGUGUGCUGAAAAAUGCUAGAUCAAUUGCAAUUAAGAGACUCUACAAUCAGUACCCAUACAACAUGCUUGAAUUUGAAACUGAACUUGAGACCAUUGGCAGCAUAAGACAUAGAAACAUUGUUAGUUUGCAUGGCUAUGCCCUCUCUCCAUAUGGAAACCUUCUUUUCUAUGACUACAUGGAAAAUGGUUCUUUAUGGGAUCUCCUUCAUGGGCCAUCCAAAAAGGUAAAGUUGGACUGGGAAACACGCCUGAAGAUAGCUGUUGGAGUUGCACAAGGACUUGCCUAUCUUCACCAUGAUUGUAACCCAAGAAUUGUCCACAGGGACGUCAAGUCCUCAAAUAUCCUACUGGAUGAAAAUUUUGAGGCUCAUCUAUCUGAUUUUGGAAUUGCAAAGAGCAUUCCAACAGCAAAAACGCAUGCCUCAACCUAUGUUGUAGGGACAAUCGGCUACAUUGACCCAGAAUAUGCCCACACAUCUCGGCUAAAUGAAAAAUCAGAUGUUUAUAGCUUCGGCAUUGUUCUUUUGGAGCUUCUAACUGGGAAGAAAGCUGUGGAUAAUCAUUCUAAUUUGCAUCAGCUGGUGAGUAACACAAAGAUACUAUCCAAAGCAGACAAUAAUACAGUGAUGGAGGUUGUUGAUCAAGAAGUUUCAGUCACAUGCAUGGAUUUAAAUCAUGUGAGGAAGACUUUCCAGCUCGCUCUGUUGUGCACAAAACGGUAUCCUUCUGAAAGACCAACCAUGCAUGAAGUCGUGAGGGUUUUGGAUUCCUUUAUUCCGGCGCCUCUUGCUAAACCUUGUCCAGCUCCACCAAAGCGCAUCGACUAUUCAAAGUUUUUGAUUGACCAAGGACAGCAGAAGCAAAAACUUGAUCUCCCAGCUCAACAGGAAAACAACUCUUCUGAUGCACAAUGGUUUGUUCGCUUCCGUGAAGUAAUAUCCAAGAACACGCUAUAAUUUACUUGUCUAAGAUGAGGGUGGCGAAAAUCCCUGAUUUAUUAUUAUUUUUUUUUUGGUGCCUAUGACCUCAAAGAUUUAACGGAUGCGUGGGGGUUUUGCUUUUUGACUUGCUCUGGGACGAUUGACUAAUUUUUGAAAUUAGAAGCGCUUGGGUACAAUGUGGGUUUGUUGUUUUGAAAACCUUCAAAUGGACUUUUAUUAUUUGUGGUGUACAACCCUAGCCCUUCUAUGCAAAUUAUAGUACUUCCUCGCAAGGGUAAUAUAACCUUUUUGUUUAAA